AUGGAGCUUGGAAACGAAGUGGGUGGAGCGGCAACCGAAGAAAUCGAUGCAAGUUCGAUUUUAGGGAUCGUAAAAAGGAAAGGCGGGGUGGAUUUGUGGGUUAUGAGCGGUGGUGGCGGUGGCGGUGGGUUUUUGGUGCAUUGCGGGAAGAUGGAGGGAGAGGGGCUUUG